AUAUGUCUUCUGUUAACUGCUGACAGUGAGCCAUACCACCUAAAAGGCUCCCUUGGUAGCCGUAAAGAUUGAAAGGACAAAAUGGACAGUGUUGAGAGCUCUGUGGAAGAGGAGACCUGAGAGACGGUGAUCAUCAUGGCCCCUUGGGAUUUGCAAAGAGGAAUGACUAGAACUGGGCCAUUCACUGCAGCCAGGUCAAAGGUCAGGUCAGGAAUGUGGACAAUGCUGGUGACUCCAGUUGCUUCCAAGAUCCGGUACUUACAGGAAUAUCAUAACCGGGUUCUUCACAACAUUUAUCCUGUACCUUCAGGGACAGAUAUUGCAAACACCCUGAAAUACUUUUCUCAGACCUUGUUAAGCAUUUUGUCCCGCACAGGGAAGAAGGAAAACCAAGAUGCCUCCAAUUUGACAGUGCCCAUGACCAUGUGUCUUUUUCCUGUGCCAUUCCCACUCACCCCAUCUCUAAGACCGCAGGUCAGUUCCAUCAACCCUACUGUUACUCGCUCCCUCCUUUACAGCGUCCUGCGAGAUGCUCCCUCUGAACGUGGCCUGCAAAGUCGUGAUGCUCACUUGUCAGACUACCCUUCUUUGGACUAUCAGGCCUCUACGUGACUUUGGUGACUCUCCUGGAUCUAGUUCCUUUACUACAGCAUGGCC